CUCCCGCUCUCUCGUCCCCUUUUCCCACUGUUCACACUCCUCCUGACACCGGACGGACCAAGGAGAGGGUGAGGCGCACGGAGAGGCUGCGGCACCGUCACCGGGGAUAAACUUUGCGGUUUGGAUCUUUGGCUCUUCGGCUUUUCUCUCUCCAGCCAGAGAGUCAUUCCACUGGCUUUAUGAAUGAGACAAGAAUCUGCAUCAGCGGACACACUCAUCCCAAUGGAGGAGAGCGACACAAACAAGACGGGCGUCGUGGGAACCGAGAGAGAAGAUGGAGGCACGGGAGGAGAGCAAACAGCCAACAUGAACACUGCAAAUUCACUGAAAGAGGACAAGACGCCUUCAGAAAAGGAGACGAGAAGGGAGCAGGAAACAGAGGAAGGGCAGACGCAGGUGGAAGUGUGUCGGUCUGUACCCGACCUCCAGCUGAGCAUCAUACGGGACUCUGACCUGUUUGGCUAUGUGGGCAUUGAAGCCGUUCUGGAGCAGAUGAAACUCAAGACCAUUAAGGCCGGCUUUGAAUUUAACAUCAUGGUGGUCGGUCAGAGCGGCUUAGGGAAGUCCACGCUGGUCAACACCCUGUUCAAGUCCAAAGUCAGCCGGAAGUCCUGCACGGCCAACUAUGAAGAGAAGAUCUCCAAGACGGUUAAACUGCAUUCAGUCACUCACUUAAUUGAGGAGAAAGGGGUGAAGAUGAAGCUCACUGUGAUCGACACUCCAGGAUUUGGAGACCAGAUCAACAACAAGAACUGUUGGGAGCCCAUAACAACGUACAUCAAUGAGCAGUAUGAGAAAUACCUGAGGGAGGAGCUGCACGUCAACCGCAAGAAGAGAAUACCAGACACCAGAGUGCACUGCUGCAUAUACUUCCUUCCUCCCACAGGACACAGAUUACGUCCCAUUGAUGUAGAGUUCAUGAGGAGGCUGGGGACGAUAGUGAGCAUUGUGCCCGUCAUCGCCAAAGCUGAUACACUGACUAUAGAGGAGAGACUGGAGUUCAAGGAGAGGAUAAGGCAAGACUUGGCAUCCAAUGGGAUUCAUGUUUACCCCCAGAAAGAGUAUGAUGAAGACCCAGAGGAGUUCAUCCUCAAUGAACGGAUCAGGGGGAACAUUCCCUUUGCAGUGGUGGGAACUGACAAGGAGCAUAAUGUGAACGGAAACAACGUCCUGGGCCGUAAAACAAAGUGGGGAAUAGUUGAAGUUGAAAAUGUGGCGCACUGUGAGUUUGUGAACCUCAGAGAUCUGCUCAUCAGGUCUCACCUGCAGGACCUGAAAGACGUGACCAACAACGUCCACUACGAGACGUACCGCGUGCAGCGGCUCAACGAGAGCAACAUGACCUUCAGUGAACUGGGCUUCUCCACCUGGCCUCUGGAGAACGGGACCGGUGCGAGGUGUGACUCAGACAGCCACCUCUGAUCCUCCGCCCUCACAGCCACCACCCACAGCAAGGCAGCGAGGGCCUGAGGCCACGGCAUGGGACACGCCGCGAUUUUACCACAUUAAAUGUGACGGAAAGAAUGAUUUAUUAAAACGGUUGCUUCUUUUAUUUCAA